UAGUUCCGUCUGCAAAAGUUUACUUGUGGCCCUACAUUAGGAACAUUGUAAUGUGAUGAGCAACUGUUACUCUUUCUCUCUUCCACCACUCAUGUACCUCAGCUUCUCAGGCCGGUGUCGCUUCCGCCACACUAUCGUCACUUCCGCAGUCGGCCGCCGCCACCAUCGCCGUCGUCUCCUUAAGUACUCCUCCGAUUCCACGCUGACACCCACACAGCAGCCUACCAUCUUUAGGCUCUCCGAUGACACCCUCCAAAUAACCCUAAAACCCCCUUUGAAUUCCCUUCAACAGUUGGAAGGAAAAUUGCAUCAGUUCCUCAACUACGGCCGUGAAGCUUUUGAUGAUUUGAGGACUGUCGUCACCGUCGACGGGAACAACGGAGGGGUGGUAAUCUCCUGCAGGAGGUCCACUGUUGAGUUUUUAAUUGCACUCCUUGUGUCCAGUUUGGUGGUCGUUACUGCUUUCCGGGGUUUAUUUAAACUCCGGGAAAACAGAGGUGAAGUACUGGUAUAUAAGAGAGAUAGGAGCCUGGGUGGCAGAGAGGUGGUGGUUGGAAAGAGGGAGACAAAUUGGUCUACAAGCCACAAAUCAACACCAUUGAGUGGGGAUAACGCUAAUUAUUAUCAGAAGAAAAGAAAGAGGAAGCCAUUGGGCAGGAGGAGAGUGGAAGAGUUGCCGCAGUGGUGGCCGCAAGUAGUGAAUUGGGGUCUCCACGACACCGGCAAUAAGGAGGAAUAUCAGACGAUGGCUAACCAAUUAAUUCGAGCAAUCAUGGACCGCAAAAUGAGUGGGGAGGACAUUUCAACAAAUGAUAUAGUUCAGUUACGUCACAUAUGCAAAACAUAUGGAGUGAGGACCUUCAUUACCACUGCAAAUGCACGUGAUUCACUUUAUCGUGUUUCAAUUAAUUUUGUUUUGGACUACUGUGAGAGCAUGUCAAAUGUAUCCACCUCCAUUCAGAUUAAUGGUGAGGAUGUUCGGGAGUUUAUUGCUGGGCUUGCUGAUAACAUUGGACUUGAGAGCGCUUAUGCCGCAAGAAUGGUAUCUGCAGCUGUUGCUGCACGCACACGAUCAAGAAUCCUGCAGGCUUGGGCAUUAGAAGUUCAAAAUAAACAUUCUGAAGCACUAGUUGAACUGUUCAAAGUGUGCGUUAUUCACCGUAUCUUCCCGCCUGCAGAGAAUUCACCCGAGAUGGAAAUGGUUGCACGAGGCCUUGACAAGUCUUUAAGUGUAGAACAAAGAGAGUAUAUAUUAAACUCUUUCAUCGAUGUUUGUGGAAAAGAUAUUGAUCAAAGUCUGGUGGAAGCACUGGGUUUGGGAGGAGCCAGAUAUGAACAGGGAAGUGGCCAUGCAUAAAUAUGUUCAUUGUUUUGUAGGUAAGAGUUUUCAAUGUGGCAACCAUACAAGGACAUGGGAAGGUUAGAAUAUUUUCCCUCAUCCCAGGUGGAGACCCAAUAUUUGUGCCUCGAUAUUCCUCUUUUCGUGAAUUAUGUGUAUCUUGCCUCGUAUAUUUUCUACAGAAUGGGUUUAUUGUCUUCCACGAAUCUGAAAACUAUCAGAGCCUCUUAAGUGAGAUUUUUGCUGCCUGUCGUUACCUGCAAGUUAUUGCCUGUCAGAGACUCAGAGCAUUAUAGUCAGUAUUUAAUACUUAAGAAGAAAUAUUAUUGUCCUUGUAGUUAUGAGCAAAUUAGUGUGUGAGAGGUGUAAGUGGGCAUUGUUUCCCUUUCUUUUGUGCCGAAAAUAAAUUAUAUGAUUCUGUUGUA